AUGGGCAGCCAUAGCUGUGGCACCCGGGGAGCAGCCGUUCUCUCUCUCCAGGCAGGGCUGGGCUUUGCCCUCUGUUACACACCGGCCAUUGCUAUGGUUGGAAUUUAUUUCUGUGAGCGGAAGUCGUUGGCGUAUGGCAUCGCCAUGUCUGGCAGUGGCAUUGGGACCUUCAUCCUGGCACCUGUGGUGCAGAUGCUCAUCGAGCACUACUCAUGGCGAGGGGCCCUGCUUAUCUUAGGAGGCCUGGUGUCCAACCUGUGUGUGUGUGGAGCUCUGUUACGGCCCAUCACUCUAAAGGAGGAGGAAGCCUGCCCCCUGCCUGUGGACUCUGAGUGUGGCUACAGCACCAAGCCUCUGGUGGCCAUCAGCCCAGCGGAGGAGAAGCAGCUGGAGGCCGAGAGAAGCAAACAGCAGAGAGACAGUAAGCAGCGCUGCCUGCAGUCCAUGCAGGAGUACCAUUUCCUGCUCAUGCCCGACUUCCUGGUGCUGGCCGGCUCCUUCUUGUUCCUGGCCAGUGGCUGCAGCCUGCCGUUUGUUUACCUCGUGCCCUACGCGCUGGAUGUGGGGGUCAGUCACCACCACGCCGCCUUCCUGAUGUCCAUACUGGGAGUCAUUGACAUUGUUGGCAACAUCACGUUUGGCUGGCUCACUGACAGGAGGUGCCUGAAGAAAUACAGGGGCAUUUGUUAUAUGGUUGCUGUGGGAAUGGAGGGUCUCUGCUGCUUCCUCAUCCCUCUUCUUCAUACAUUCGCCCUGCUGGUGCCUUUCUCUGUGCUCUACGGCUAUUUUGAUGGUGCUUACGUGGCCCUGAUACCUGUGGUGACGUCAGAUGUGGUGGGGACGACGUACCUCUCCUCAGCUCUCGGGGUGGUUUACUUCCUACAUGCUAUUCCAUACCUGGUUAGCCCACCUAUUGGAGGCUGGUUGGUGGACACCACGGGGACCUACACAGCUACGUUCUUCCUGAGCGGCUUCGCCCUCCUCUGCAGCGCUCUCCUGCUGUGCACCGCCACCAUCAUCCGCCACUACCAGAGAGUUCAGCGAAACAGGAGAAGUAAAAAGCCCACACUGGAACAAUGUGAAGCCCAACAGGCAGACUUUUAUACAACCAAAAAUAAGGACUUAUUGAUCAUUAACACGGCCACCUCAUAGUGUCAGUCGUAAUGUUUGUGUUUUCUAUUUCUCUACCCUUAUUUUUGUACAAAAAAAACUUAAGUAAAUAAAUAAUCAGGUAUGUGAAAAAAAAAAAAAAAAAAAAAAAAAAAAAAAUUU